AUGUCCCCUCCUCGAGCAUAUCUCGGGCGAUGCCAGGUCGCGUGCUCGACCAUGACGAAUUCCAAGGACGAGGGGGAGGUGGACAGCGCACAGUUCGCUAGAAUUCUCACCAAGCAGGCGGUAGCGCACGUAUGCGUGGCGAUAGGCUUCACGGCAACUUCAGCCGGAGCUCUCGAUUGCCUGACAGAUGUGGUCCAGCGAUAUGUGGAGACCAUGGCGAAACGUACAAUGGAGAACACGUACCGAGCUGGUCGGACCGAGCCCAACAUACCGGACGUUUUGCAAGGAUUCCAGCAAAUGCGGACGCCGCUGAGCUGGACGGAGCUCCGAGAUUUCGCCUUCAGCGAGGACGGUUACUCGAACCGUUACGAUAACGCGGCCUCCAGCGGUAGCGGCAGCGCCGCCCCCGCCGCUAACGGGUCGGGGGGGGCUAGGGCGGCAGGAGGCGGGCGGCAAGAGUUGCCAAAGCGGUGGGACCAGCCGUUCCAUCACGCGGUUCCCCCGUUCCCGAUGCCGAGAAAACGCGCCGCCCCCUGGGACCACGGGGAGGAGGGAGAAGAGGCCGCGACAGAGGGGCCAAGAUCGCGACCACCUCACAUCCCGGCGUUCAUGCCGCCACUGCCGCCCAGCACGAAGAGGGGCGCCUCGGCAGGAUCGGACAGAAGUUUAGCGGAGAUCCGACUAGAGAGAUUAAAGCGGCAGCGUCAAGGCGAGACGGCUCUACGAAGUCUCGGGGCUCCAGGGGCUGCUGCUGGGGCAACGGCCGCGGGAAAUACUUGCGCCACCUCCACCGGCGCCGCAGCGCCGUUAGCAGCCGGCUCGUCCGCUCCCGCGGAAGGUCCUUCCAGCGGAAAGUCUGGGGGCGUCGGCAAAAUAAUUAUCAGGCUCCCUUCCUCGGGGGGGGGGGGGA